AUCGUGUUGGAUAAUGCUGCUCUUAAUCGGAUUGCGUGUGAUCGGCUUCACGUUCAAAAACCUACAUUCACACAGACAAAUCAACUGGUAUCAACUGUAAUGUCUGCAAGCACAACAACACUUCGUUAUCCUGGUUAUAUGAAUAAUGACCUUGUUGGAAUGAUUGCAUCACUAAUUCCCACACCUAAAUGUCAUUAUUUAAUGACAGCAUAUACACCUUUUACGAGCGAUAAAGUUGAAAAGGCCAAGUCCAUACGUAAGACGACGGUACUUGAUGUAAUGAGAAGGCUAUUGCAGCCAAAAAACAAGAUGGUUUCAAUUAAUCCUUCAAAAAAAAGUUGUUAUAUUUCUGUCUUGAACAUUAUUCAAGGGGAAGCUGACCCGACUGACGUGCACAAAUCCUUGCUACGAAUUCGGGAGCGUCGGUUGGCUCAAUUCAUUCCGUGGGGUCCAGCUAGUAUUCAGGUAGCCCUAACAAAAAAAUCGCCUUAUGUUCAGACGUCACACAGAGUAAGCGGAUUAAUGUUGGCAAAUCAUACCAGCAUUGCUUCACUUUUGAAGCGCACAUGUGAUCAUUAUGAUCGUUUCAGAAAGCGCGGUGCUUUUCUAGAGCAGUAUAGAAAAGAGGAUAUGUUUGCUGAUAACUUGGAUGAAUUUGACGUUGCCAGAGAAGUUGUGCAAGAUUUGAUAAAUGAAUAUGAGGCAUGUGAAAGCCCGGAUUAUAUAAAUUAUGUGAGUCACUUUUAUG